CGCAUAGUGUUUCUGCGCGAGACGAGUGGCCGACGUACGCGCCGUCGCCUCCUCCAGAUCCGCGGCGAGCCUCCUCGCGAACGAGGAAAACAAAAGGAUGAACUUGAAAUUUAAAACACCGCAGAAGAACGAGAAACUUGCUCUGAGCAUGGCUAACGUCAAUGGUAAAGAUGAAGUAAUUACAAUAAGAAAUGAUUAUCCGGAUUACCCUGUCCUUCACUUUGAAGUUACUGAGAGUUGUAGUAUGAAAAAGGUUAAGGAGCUUAUGGUAAAAAGGCAUAUUGAGAUCGCCAAGACCAUAGCAAACGACAUAAUCAUCCCAGACCCUGCUCCCCAGUGGACGGGUGAUACCUUCUUGGAGAAAUAUGUUGAAUUGGAGCCCAUCCUUCAAAAGGAUAGUGUCCAGUGCUUCCUGAGAUUAUUCGGGAACUGUGCAGGCCGGGGCAUGUCAUCAGCUUAUACCAUCACCGCACAAACCUUAACCUUCAUUGUCAGUUUCAAUGCCCUGCGAUGUGCAAAAGCCGUACUGGAGGGCAUGGCACCUGAGCUCUAUGGAAUGCACGCCAAUCCCAACUGCAUAAACAAAUAUGGAUACUUCCCGCUCCACGAAGCUGCUGAAAGGUUCUCUCUUGACAUGAUCAAGCUGCUUUUACGCCAUGGUGCAUCACCCAAUGUGCGCACAGUUGGCAGUCGUGUCAUUGAGAAUCUACUCCCGCUCCAUGUCGCAGUUGAGAAUACUUGCCUGCAUAAGUAUCUGGAGGACAAUCUGGAGGACAAUCUUUCUCACAGCCAUAAUCAUCUGGAUUAUAUCUACAAGCUUAUUCAUCUGCUGUGUCUACCUGAAAUGAAGAUCUUCUUGGACACAACUAGACUGCUCGCACAGAAAACAACUAAUCUACUUCAAGAGCUCUGGAAUUACAUUGAGGAUGGAAAGAUUAUCCAGUCUGCUAUUCUACUACUGGCUGCUCAUGAGCAGAUCCGUCGGGACAGUUCUUCCAAGAUAAAUGGCAGUAGUAAGAAAAAUGGGUUUGACAUUCUCAGUAGAUGUAUAAUGAGGCUUUCAAUUGCCUUGAAAUGGGAGAAAGGUUCACAUGGAAUGGCAAAGGAGCUUGUGGAGGAAAGGAAGACACUUGCUGAUUGCGCAUGGCUGCUUGUUGAUAUAAUUUCCCAUGCCGGUGAAGAUCUUUCUGUAUAUAUUCAAGGGCAUUCUGCGGUACCCCAUGCGGAGGUCUUUCAGCAUGUUUCAUCUGUCCUCGAGGACUAUGGAUUUUGCCCUACUGGAGAUCCCAUGCAUGCUAUAAACCUCCGGCCUUAUGACUGCAGAAAGUCAAACAGACAGUCAGGCAAAGGGCUUACAGAUGCAAACAUGGCAGUUAUGGAAUCAGCCAAUCUGGAUGCUGCAGAGCAAAAGGCUGUGAGGAAGAAAGUAGGCAGAGGAUGGGAUCCCACAUAUACACAGAGAAGUUUUUUCCCAUUUUGGAGAUCAGUGUUACAAGCUCGGUUUCCUUUGAAGAUAUAUCCAGCCUAUGCAAGCUCAGAUCGUAUGUCUGGGCUAAAUAGACAAGUCUGUGUCUCUCCCAGUAACUCAACGGGCAAUGGGUCUACUCCUACUCCAAAUCAUGCACUUGGUCCACUGCAGAGAAUCUCGCCACUUACAAGCAAUAAUCAAUCCAGAAGGUGCUUUGUCACUGCUGCUAGUGGUGCAUUCAGGCUCUUGAAGGUGUUAAAGUAGAGUAGAAAGGUAUGUCAGGAGUUUAGUCUCCCUCUCCCAUGUUUUCUAAACAUGCACCACGUAAACACAUGGGAAGAAAGAAUUUUCAUGAUGCACCUUUAACUAGUAAGAUUAUCCUUUGGUAGUCCAUUAAGGAUUUGGUUAUUUGCUCGA